UUAAUCGUUAAAAACAAUGUGUAUAUCAGUUUUUAUUUAUUACCAACACGGCACCUUAUAUCUUAAUGUAAACAUAAAAUGCGAUCAAAUUUUAAUUAUAAUCAUUGAUGUACAAAAUACUAAAAAUAAAAAUAGUGCAGUGCGAAUAAGUGAUGGAUAUAUCAAACGAUUUUGGGCAUACAGUUUAUAAUCUGCUUUUCCACACAUUAGUCAAUGCCAAAUAUCUUUUAAUUUCUCUGUUUAUCGUUAAAAACAAUGUGUAUAUCAGUUUUUAUUUAUUACCAACACCAUGUGUAACAGGCAUUGACAUGACUAUUACUAUAUAUCAUAGAUAUUAAUUUAUAUAAAAUAAAGAGACCUAAUGUGAAUUUCAUCAGUUAAUUUUAAGCAAUACGAGUGCAUAGUAAUAAUGUCCGACAUGAGUGUACAAAAUUCGGCCGAUGAAGAAAUCAAUGAUCAUUAUUCAUAUCGAAAAAAUGUGCAAAUGCAGAAUUCUAAAAAACCCAAAAUCACUAUGAAAGCUAAACCAAAAAAACAGAAAUUAAUAAUGGUCAACACAAGCGAUCAAAAUUCAGAUGAUGAAGAAAUUGAUGUAUGUGCACCGGAACUUUAUAAUCAUCGGAAAAAUGAGCAAAUGCAGAAUUCUAAAAAACCUGAAACCGUUAUAAAACCUAAACCAAAAAAACAGAAAUUUCAGUCGCAUUUAUUAAAACUGGAACAAGAAUAUAAUGGUUUAACAACUAUGGUUAAUGAAAACUGCAUACGCGUAAAAAAAUCAGAUGGUGGAAAUUUUUGUAUCAAAAUACCCGAAAUCAAAACAGCAAGUGAUUAUUUGGUUAUUCAAAAAUACAAAACAUCGGACAUGGAAAAAGUAGAGUCAAAAGACAGAUGGAAAACCUCAACGUUCAACGCAAAAACUAUGCUGAACGAAAAAGAUAAAGCUGACAAUACAAUAAUAUCGGCAUUUAAUAAUUUGCAAGAUUUAUUAAUGGAUAAAUUUAUGUGUAACAACAACAAAAAAAUUGAAUCUUAUAAAUAAUAACUAUAUGUUUAUAUUAUUAUAGUUUCACUAAAUGAAACCCGUCAUUAAUAUUUGUGUAUUUUUUAUUUAUUACCAAACGGUUAAAAUAUUUGUAUUCAAUUUUAUUUUAGAAAGCUUACAUUUGAUUCAAUAAUUUAUACAAUAUGAUUAUAUUAUGGAAAAUAUUUUGGUUUAUUUUAACCAGUUAACAUUUAAGAUUAUUUAUAAUAUAUAAUAUAUUAAUUAUAUUAUUAUCAUUUAUUAUUAAAUAAAGGUAUGCAUUUGACAAAAUAAAUAAUGUUUAUUAUG